CUGGGGAGAGCGGAUAUAGUGAAUGCAGGGUCCGGGGAGAGCGGAUAUAAUGAAUGCAGGGUCCGGGGAGAGCGGAUAUAGUGAAUGCAGGGUUCGGGGAGAGCAGAUAUAGUGAAUGCAGGGUCCAUGGAGACCAGAUAUAGUGAAUGCGGGGUCCGGGGAGAGCGGAUAUAGUGAAUGCAGGGUCUGGGGAGACCGGAUAAAGUGAAUGCAGGGUCCGGGGAGACCGGAUAUAGUGAAUGCAGGGUCCCGGGGAGACCGGAUAUAGUGAAUGCGGGGUCCGGGGAGACCGGAUAUAGUGAAUGCGGGGUCCGGGGAGACCAGAUAUAGUGAAUGCAGGGGUCCGGGGAGAGCGGAUAUAGUGAAUGCAGGGUCCUGGGAGACCAGAUAUAGUGAAUGCAGGGUCCGGGGAGAGCGGGAUAUAGUGAAUGCAGGGUCCGGGGAGAGCGGAUAUAGUGAAUGCAGGGUCCUGGGAGACCAGAUAUAGUGAAUGCA